ACUGCUCACUCGCUCUCUCUCAAAAUAAAUAAAUAAACUUUAAAAAGAAUAACAAGAAACCUCAAGAGGAAGGUGACGUAUAAGCUAGAUCAUGCCAUUUUUACCCUCUGUAGCCCUUUCAACCUGUUUACAUGAGUUAAUGUCAGUUGCCUUAUAUUAUUCCUUAUCUGAUUUGAGUAUGUUGGUCUGGUUUCCACAGUUGGUGUAAAGUUGGAGACCUCUUCAUUAUCUUCUAGAACAGUUUCUAGAGUUCACAGAAAAUGCUUUAAAGACAAAUUCCUAGAGAUCUUUCUAGGGGAAAUAAAAGCAGUCCGUAGUUUCCCCUUAGAGCUAUUUAUUCCUUAACAGCUUCAUCAAAGUCCAACGUACAGUCCGUGAUGAAGGAAAGAGAAGAUGGUGACUAUGGAGGAGGGAGAAAAAGACAUUCAUUAAGAGAUGGAGGGAAAACCUAGUGCAAAAAAACUCAAGUUGAUGGGAGACAAAGAUGUGAAGCCAGAUUUUCUAUAUUGCUUCGCUAGAUCCAAAACACAAAACAAAACCAGCCCAGUUAUAAAAACCAGAUCUUUAUUUGACAGAGACCUGUAUGAUACUGUCAGAGUUGAGUUAUUGGCCAAGUGAGAUAACCCGGAAACAAGCAGGUAUUCUCUCAUGGCCAAUAAUGAUGUUUUCCCCAUGUUUCAGGCUAGAGAAGGUCUUUCCGCAGCCAGAACAUUUGCCAAGGGCAUUGACAUCUUGGGAAGUCAUUCUGCCUAUUUUGAGGUCACCUAGAUUCUGAGUGGUGGAAGUUUUUUUCGGGUGAUACUUUAUUAAUGAGUCUAAUGAUAAUAACUGUUUAAUAGCAAGGUUUUCUUUUCAAGAACUGAACAUUUUUUUUCAAAGUUCCGAUUUGUCUUUAUGGUAACCUGUGAAGGUGGAACAGAAGUAUAUUGAUUAUCUAUAGAGCCAUAAUGUCUUUCCUGUAGAUUUGGGACAGAUCAGAGAACUGUAUCCCACUUAUCUCAAAACUGACUAAUGAAUUGACCAAUCCUUCCAAAAAUGUGGAGAUGUUUUAGUUCUGGCAUAUCACGUUCACUUAGCCAGAGAAAUUAUUGCCUUCAGAAAAAAUGGAUAAUGCAUUGACUUUUGGAUAUGUUUGAUAAACUCAGUGUUUAAAAUAUGUCCCAUAAAACAUGGGUCUUUAUCCAUGCACAAAGAUCAUUAUGAUUUGUAGAGAUCAGAAGUGAAAAUCAAAAGACAAAGUAUUAGAAAAACAGUAAACACAUAAAUCAAAGUAAUCCUAAAUGCAAAUGGGAGGAAAUCUAAGUUGGCAUAAUGAUAAAACUAUGCAAGGCAAAAGAUUAAGAAAAUUCAUUAAAAUUAUGAGAAAUAACUAUGAAAGACCAUUUUGAGUUGAGAGCUCGCUCCACAAUUGUACUACAAUGGUUUCCAAAAUGUUGAGUACGAUUUUGUAUUUCUGAUUAGCUAGUGCUGAAAAUAUGCCCUCUAAUGUGACUCAUAUGGAUAAUAUGGAAUAAGGACAAAAAUAUUAUGGAACUUGAGCUUAAUAUAGAUUAAGUAUGUUUUCUUCACAUCCUAAAUCAUGAAAAAUUAUUCUGAUACAGUAUUGUAAUUUCUUCAUCUGUCAUCUCUGGAACUUUGGGAGUUCUGACACGUGUGAGCAGAAUACAGUACAGAGAGAUUUGCAUGUCAAGAUCGCUGACUCUGGGGUGUUUUUCACAGUUCUUGAUUCGUGGACUCUAAACAAGGAUAAUGGUAACCAGGCGUACCAUGAUAUCAUUACCUAAAUCGGAGCCUGGCCCAGAUGGGAAAGCUAAUGGUAAUCACGAGACCGUGCGUAUUUUGAGUGCCUACUAUAUGCCAAGUAUAAACUUAUUUGCCAUGUGUUAACUUACGGAAUCCUCAAAACAGCCCUGUCAUACAUAUGAAGAAACUGAGACACAGAGAAGUAACUUACUCAAGCUCACACAGCCAGGAAGUGGCAGACCUGGGAUUUGAACCCAGGACUUCUGGCUGCAGAUCCCACACUCUCAACUUCACUGUACAAUCUCACACGCCGUGGUAUUUUUGCACUACUAUUGGAGACAUGCCCAAGUCUCUUUGCAUUCUUAUCAUAGUCUUAUCUCUUUGCGCGUGUCUUCUUUUCCUGUUCUGAUACAGCACUAGAGCACUUUUUGAUUCAGAGAAUAUGGAGCCCUUAAUGAAUCAUCAAGAUGCCCAUGGACAUUUUCAGGGGCUUUCUGCAGAGAUCUCAUUUUUUAAUUCUGACUCAACCCACCAGAAUGAUUUGAUACUUAUGGCAUAUGACUUCUGCCUACAAUUAUAAGAAUGAAAAUCCUCAGCCGCAUCUGCUAGGGGAGAAGAAAUAAGCCAACAUUUUUGGAACACAUAGGCUCUAAACAGCAACAUUUGGAUCACACGGGUUUAUUCAUUGGUAGCAUAUGAUUCACUGGCUGGCUCAUGUUUUGAAAUUUAAUGGACUCGGUGGAGAUCAGAGUAAAAGCUACCAGGUGCUUUUGUGAACAUUAUAUGGACCUUUCAGAACUUGCUGGGAAUUUGAAAAUUGGGUAUGAAAGCUGUAUUCCCGCCCAAGUCGUGGCUGCCGUCGAUGUGAGCACUGUCGCCAACGAGGUGUACCGGCACAACUUUCCUCCCACUCGGCUGCUGGCCAAGACAAUUGAAGGGAUUACACUAGAAGAGUUUGACGAAUUGUCUUUCAAUAUGAUUUUAAUGAGCCCUCCCUGCCAGCCGUUCACCAGAAUUGGCCUGCAAGGUGAUGUGACUGAUCCCAGGACGAAUAGCCUCUUAUAUAUUCUAGAUAUUCUCCCAAGAUUACAAAAAUUACCAAAGUAUAUUCUUUUAGAAAACGUUAAAGGUUUUGAAGUAUCUUCUACAAGAGACCGGUUAAUACAAACAAUAGAAAAUUGCGGUUUUCAGUACCAAGAAUUUCUAUUAUCUCCAACCUCUCUUGGCAUUCCAAAUUCAAGACUACGGUAUUUCCUUAUUGCAAAGCUUCAGUCAGAACCAUUGCCUUUUCAAGCCCCUGGUCAGGUACUGACGGAGUUCCCCCAAAUCGAAUCUGAACAUCCAGAAAAAAAUACAAUAGUUGCAGAAAAGAAAAUUGAAAGAAAGAAAAUUGAACCAAACAUUUGCUUUGAUAACAGCAGACAGUGUUCUGGAAAAGAAGCCAUUCUUUUUAAGCUUGAAACCAUAGAACAAAUUGACCGGAAACGUCACCAGGACAGUGAUCUCUCUGUGCAGAUGCUAAAAGAUUUUCUUGAAGAUGAUGUUGACACGAACCAGUAUUUUGUACCACCAAAGUCAUUGCUGCGAUACGCCCUUUUGCUAGACAUUGUUAAGCCCACCUGCAGAAGGUCCACGUGCUUCACCAAAGGCUACGGAACCUAUGUAGAAGGGACAGGCUCUGUGCUGCAGACCUCCGAGGACGUGCAGAUUGAGAAUAUCUACAGAUCCCUUACCAAUUUGUCACAAGAAGAAAAGAUAACAAGACUGUUAAUGCUUAAACUUCGGUACUUCACUCCCAAAGAAAUAGCAAAUCUCCUUGGAUUUCCUCCAGAGUUCGGAUUUCCUGAGAAGAUAACAGUGAAACAGCGUUAUCGUCUACUUGGAAAUAGUCUCAAUGUGCAUGUAGUAGCUAAGCUAAUCAAAAUCCUGUGUGAAUAAUUUAAAAAUAAUCCUGAAAGAUGGUCACAUUAUUUCUUCAUAUAGUUAUUCUGAAAUUCUUUUUUGAAUUGAUUUUGAUGAAAUUUUACUAAACGAUCUUUAUCACUCCUUAAAAAGAAUUUGGAUUUAUCAUAAAAAGCCUGGUUUUUUAAGAUUUAUAUCACUGUACUGUGUAAAGCAAAAUUUACUAUUAUGCUUUAUAAGACUAUAUUUUCAUAUGAAAAUCCUAAAUAUACAUGUAAAAUACUGUCUUUAUACGAUUAUGGUAUAUAAAAAUUUAGGAGCUUUGGAGGUUGAAUGUCUACAUGAAUAUUUUACAAAGGUGCCAUGCUAGGCAUAGUAUAGGGAACUGAGAAGCUAUGUUUUUGUAUGUUAAUUAAGCAAAUUGCUUUAUGAAUCCUAUUAUUUUAUUUUUUUCUUGGAUAAUUAUUCCUAAUGUUAAAAUGAUUUUAAUUCUUGCCUGUUUCAAAUAUUGAAUGUUUUACUGAAUUCCAUCCUGUAAACAUUUCUUGCUUAUAUCUAAACAAAUGCAUUAAUGUUUUAAACCAAAUUAUCAUCAUUCAGUGUCAUACAGCUAUUUGAAGAAGGUAUCAGAAAAAAUAAUCCUAAAUCCUUGAUUAUGUCUCUCUCCAUCAGGAAGCUACAGAAAGUGUAGGUAAACAUUAUCCAGUCAUCUUUAAUUCUACCUCCAUGUAAAAUGCAAAAAACUUCAUUGUCUGUUCUUUAUUUGUAAGUACUUUUUUUUUUUUUACUUUGCUAUCAUCAUAGCUUGCUUUUGUCUUCCUUCUCAGCUUCUUGUUGUAAAGUGAAUUUGCCGUCACAUUCUAAGGAAUGUAGUGUGGCAUUCAGAUUUUAGAGAGGAAACUCUGCCCUCUGACCCAUUUCAUAUGACUAUUCUGUGAAUUUGCUUUUUAAACUUUCUCUUUAUUUCUCAGUAGACUUUUUGGAAUUAGGCUUUCUAAUCAGACUGUCUCGUAUUAUAAAUCCUGUGGUUUUAUUUCAGUGAUAAAAACAAGUGACAAAAAGAAGAGAAAUAAAAGGAAAUAGGACCAGAAAUUGUAUCACAAAAUAAAUAUUUUUAUUCUUUUUUUAAA